AUGUCUGCACCAACGAAGACCACGGACAGCCCAGUCAAAAGUCCAAGUGGAGCUGAAUCUCCUACCACUGCUCGACCCUUAGAGAUGGACGACGACGAUGUCCAGGAAUCCGGUGUGCUAAUCAACGAUGGCCCCGGGGGUCCUAGACCUGCCACGGUUGAGGAUGCACCCCCGCCAAAGCCUCCUCGCCCCCUUAGCCCUCAGCAACAAGCCGAAAACACCCUCCAGGAAGCUUUCCCAAGUAUUGAUGCGGCCGUUAUUAAAGCUGUCUUGAGGGCUAGCAGCGGUCGCGUCGAGCCCGCCUUUAAUGCUUUACUAGGCAUGUCCGACCCUGAUGCCGUCGUUGAAGAAACCCCUCCCCCUCAGCCUCCCCGGCCAGCGGUUAACCGCGCUGGAUCUACCCCCCAAACCCAACUCGAAUCCGACGAGCAAUACGCCCGCCAACUUGCUGAGCAUUAUGGAGGCGCAGAUCCAUAUGGCCCUCGAGUUAGCAGCAGGACCAUGCCCCGCGGUCGGCAACAAACCGGGCUCAAGCCAAACGAAAUGCACGACGACGAUGAUCGCAAUUUUCUUGAUGACGACCUCCCAAUUAUCAAGGAGAAUCUUAAGAAAGGAUUCCUGGAGACACAAACCAAGGUUAAUGGAUGGAUUACGAAUUUAAAGAAGAGGAUUGAUGGUAUUGAUGACGACGACGAUGAAAUGUCCUCAACCCAGCAGGGCCAUAAACCUGGAAAUGCUCCUUAUCGUUCCCGAAGGAGCGGAGAUGGAAGGCAGAGUGGGGACUAUAACCGCUAUGAUGCGGAUCCGCAUGUUCUUGUAAGUAUAUCUUUCUGUGGUGGUGAACUUGGCCGUAUGUUUAACGAAUCUGCAGGUGCCGCUCAUCGCUCAACACGCCCUCUCGCGAAUCCAGAUCUUUUUAAGCCAACCCCUGCGGUGCCAAAGGUAGAAGGGCGCAAAGUAUCAUUCCAACCCCGCCCGAUAGAGGACCUGGAUAUCUAUGGCGGCGCACCGAAGCUGAGCACAAAUGAAACCAGUACAGCCUCGGCGCCCAAGCCGAGCAAAUGGCAGCCGCUUUCUGCCGUGGCUCCAAGCCCUAUGGGCGAGACAGAUAAUGAUCCCUUUAGUCUUGGAGACAGUGAAGACGAGAAGGAGUCCAAGGAUCGCGUCGGAGGAAAGGAGAUCAGGAUGGAAGAUGGAGAAAGACUGAAGAAGGCAGCGGCUGAGGCGAUGGCUGAGAACAUCGGCGAGCCAGAGCGGAAGCCAGAAGCUGCUGAGACUGUCGGGACCAAGGAUAAGGCUGCGGACGAGAAAUUGGCUGGAAAAUCGUAG